UCCAAUGAGGCCAGGCAAGGCCUCCCCGGAGGGAGAAGUGAUAAAAGAGCAGGCAACAGAGUCCAUGUCAGACACAGCCCCUGCGCCCCCUCCCUAGAGCACACACCCGAGAGCUAAGCUGCCCAGGGGAGGAUGCUUUAGUCUCAUCCCGACGGGGAAUUCGAAUGGACAGCGGAAGUGGCUGAGCGGAGGGACCGGGGUAGGAGAAGGAGUGCAGUGCGGAGGGAAGCGAGGGCGGGAUCUAUUUCUAAUUUUAGGGCUUGGGCUCCGGAAGUCUGUGCCUGGACAUGGCCGCUGCGGAGGCCGAGUCCCUGAGCUGAGCGCCCGCUGCCGGAGCCAACCGCUGCCGCCAACCGUCCGGCGAGCCGGGCCCGGGAGCGGAGGGCGCCGGAGGACGCGGCGGCGGGCGCAUGGCGGCUUUCGUGCCCAGGAGCUGGCACGGCCUGGGGCUUGCUCGCCUCGGGCCGCCCCGCGCCGCCCUCCCGCGGAGCAGUUGGAGGGAUCCAGCCCGUCUCCGCUGUACCGGGACCCUGAGGUUGAUAAGCCAUGAGACUGUACUGCUUCGCGGUCGGACUCCGGCCAGAAAUGCGUCCUGCCUCUGCUUCGAGGGUGAGCCGCCCAGCGGUGGGGGUCGGAGGCCCGAGGGCCGGGCCGCCGCGGCCGGGCCAACCUGGGCACCUGCCUCCGCAAGGUUGGUUGUUACAGGACCUCGCCACCUCCCUGUGCGCGCCUGGCACUCAUCACGCCCCCUGGGAGAGCACACUGUGAUAGAGAAGGCCCUGAAGUCCCUAAAGGACAAGAAUAAGAAGCUGGAAGAGGGAGGCCCCGUGUACAGCCCAGCGGCCGAGGAGGCGGUGGAGAGGUCCCUCGUGCAGAAGGUAGUGGCCGAGCUGAAGCAUUACUACCAUGGCUUCCGCCUGCUCUGGCUCGACACCAAGAUCGCUGCCCGCACGCUGAGGCGCAUCCUGGAUGGCCAUACCCUGACCCGCCGCGAGCACAGGCAGUUUCUCCGCAUUUGUGCGGACCUCUUCCGCCUGGUGCCCUUCCUGGUGUUCAUAGUGGUGCCCUUCAUGGAAUUCUUGCUGCCCGUGGUUCUGAAGCUCUUCCCCAACAUGCUGCCAUCCACAUUCGAGACCCGGUCCACCAAGGAAGAAAGGAUGAAGAAGGAGCUUCGCUUGAAGCUGGAGCUAGCCAAGUUCCUCCAGGACACCAUCGAGGAAAUGGCUCUGAAGAACAAGGCAGCCAAGGGGAACGCCACCAGAGAGUUCUCUGCAUUUUUCCAGAAGAUCCGAGAGACGGGAGAGAGACCCAGCAAUGAGGAAAUCAUGCGCUUUUCCAAAUUAUUUGAGGACGAACUGACCCUGGACAACCUCACGAGGCCUCAGCUGGUGGCCCUGUGCAAGCUGCUGGAGCUUCAGUCUAUUGGCACCAACAACUUCCUGCGUUUCCAGCUCACCAUGCGCCUGAGGUCCAUAAAGGCGGAUGAUAAACUGAUUUCCGAGGAAGGGGUGGACAGUCUGACUGUCAAGGAAUUGCAGGCAGCGUGUCGGGCGCGAGGCAUGCGAGCGCUCGGCGUCACAGAAGAGCGUCUGAAGGGCCAGCUGAAACAGUGGCUGGAUUUGCACCUCCAUCAAGAGAUCCCGACAUCUUUGCUUAUACUGUCCCGGGCCAUGUACCUCCCAGACACCCUCUCACCUGCUGACCAGCUCAAGUCCACCUUGCAGACACUUCCAGAAAUUGUGGCAAAGGAAGCUCAGGUAAAAGUGGCACAGGCAGAGUGCGAAGAGGUGGACAACAAGGUAAGGCUGGAGGCCACGCUCCAGGAAGAGGCCGCCAUCCAGCAAGAACACAUGGAAGAACUACAGAGGGCUGCCGGGGCUGCGAAGGACAUCCAGCCAGAAGUAGUGGAAGCCAUCGUCCCCGGAAGGCCAGGGCCCGAGCUUCAGCCAGAGGUGCCUGAUGUGGUUCUGCGCCCAGAGACAUUGAAAGAUACGGCACCUGUGCUGGGAGGUUUGAAGGGAGAAGACAUAACCAAGGAGGAAAUUGACAUCCUCAGUGAUGCCUGCUCUAAGCUAAAGGAGCAGAAGAAGCCCCUGACCAAGGAGAAGGAGGAGCUGGAGCUGCUGAAAGAGGGCGUCCACGACUACAGUGAGGAUUUACAGGAGAUCAAGAUGGAACUUUCAAAGACGGGUGAUGAGAAAUAUGUAGAAGAAUCCAAAGCUAGCCAGAGGCUGUCAAAGCGCAUCCAGCAGAUGAUCAGGCAGAUCGAUGGGCUGAUUGCACAGCUGGAGACUAGUCAACAGAAUGGAAAGCUGGGCCCUGAAGACAUCUCUCCUCUGACAGGGGAGAGUGUCGUCAGUGUCAGCGAGUUCAUCAGAGCCAUGAAGCAAAUCAAGCAAUUUCCAGAACACAAGCUCAUCAGUUUGACCUCAGCCCUGGAUAAAGAUAAGGAUGGCAAUAUCAACAUUGAUGACCUUGUUAAGGUCGUGGACUUGGUGGACAAAGAAGGUGUUCAGAUUUCUACCACCCAGGUAGCUGAAAUUGUGGCCACCCUAGAGAAGGAGAAAAAGGUGGAGGAGAAGGAAAAGGCCAAGGAGAAGGCUGAGAAAGAGGCCACAGAAGUAAAAAAUUAGAGUUGCCUGGCCUUCAGGCGCACUGGGUCUGUCUUCAUCAUGCUACACCAACCACAACAGGAAUGACAGAAAAGCGAUUGCUUUGAGGUGAUUCUUGGUGGCAAAUCUAAUAUUUUGUCUGGAAUAAAUCCAAAAAUUUCAUAAUAAAAAUAUGUCUUGAACUGUUUUCAUUAUUUCAUUCCAGUA